CCUUUCCCUGACACAACCACAAAACGUUAACUGUGUGGUGGUUGAACGACCAUCAACUAUUUAGCCAUCAACCAUUCCUAAGUCAAUGUUUUGAAAUUUGAGGGGAAGACCGAGUCCAAACACCCAAAAUGCACUCAUCUCCUGCUGAACCACCACCCUCACAACCCUGCUUUAAUGGCUGCUUUCCUUCUCCAUUUCUUGCCUCUGAGAGGACCCAUAAGCCUAAAGUCAAUAAUGUAACUUCAUCACACCAUGACUUCGCUGCAGCCACAUACUCUAGCCUUCACCCUCACACACAAUUCACCAACCCUGACUCCCUUCCAUCUCUGCAUGACUCAUACAUCAGCUUCACCAAAGCCUUCCCUCACUUUUCUGCUACUUCUCAGCUUGAUCAAAUUCGAGCCCAAGAAUACCAUCACUUGAACCACUCCAGCGCCUGCUUCGAUUACACUGGAUAUGGUCUUUUCUCCUACGCUCAGCAACACAGACCUUGCCCCAAUGCUUCGGUUCUUUCUUCUUCUUCAUCCUCAUCAUUCUCGCACUUUACACCAGACGCCUCCUUCUUUGAUAUAUCCUAUAGGUCGGUGAACUUGCAGUCCCAGGUUCUCUACGGUGGGCACGAGUCAGAACUGGAAGCCAGAAUCAGAAAGAGAAUCAUGUCUUUCAUGAAUCUCUCUGAAGCUGAGUACACCCUGGUUUUCAUUGCCAAUGAGGUAUCUGCUUUUAAAAUUGUUGCCGAUUCUUUCCAAUUUCAAUCCAAUAGACGCCUCCUCACAGUGUAUGACCACAGCAGCGAGGCAUUGGAUGUGAUGAUUGAGAGUUGCAAGAAGCAAGGGGUGCGUGUCUUGUCAUCAGAAUUCUCCUGGCCCAAUCUCGGAAUCCAGAGGAGGAAGCUAAAGAAGAUGAUCAUGAAUAAAAGGGAUAAGAGAAAGGGUGGUUUAUUUGUAUUCCCACUUCAUUCAAGGGUAACCGGAGCACCAUAUUCCUACGGUUGGAUGUCCACGGCUCAGGAAAAUGGGUGGUGCGUCUUGCUUGAUGUGUGUGCAUUGAAACCUAAGGAAAUGGACACCUUGGGUAUGUUACUUUUUAAGCCUGAUUUUAUGGUUUGCUCCUUUUACAAAGUUUUUGGUGAAAACCCCUCAGGUCUUGGGUGCUUAUUUGUUAAAAAAUCUAGUGUGUCUGCUUUGAAAGAUCCUUGCAAUGCCACAAACAUAGGAAUCAUAAGCCUUGUCCCAGCAUUUAAACCUGAAACUGAAACGGCUCAUCUGCAAGAAGGGCCAUCAUCAACCUCAGAAAUUGAGGAGUUAAGCACACCCUUUGACUCAUCCACGGAUAGAAACAGAUCAGGUACUAAAAACGAAACCUCAGAGAUUCAAUGUAGAGGAUUAGACCAUGCAGACUCUGUCGGUUUAUUACUGAUCAGUAACAGGACCAAGUAUCUGGUCAAUUGGCUGGUUAAUGCUCUAAUGAGUCUUAAACAUCCGCAUCAUGAAAAUAAGCUUUCACUAAUUAGGGUCUAUGGGCCUAAGAUAAGUUCUUUCCGUGGACCUGCUGUGGCAUUUAAUAUGUUUGACUGGAAAGGGGAAAAAAUUGAUCCUUCACUUGUGCAGAAGCUAGCUGAUAGGAACAACAUAUGUUUAAAUAGCUCAGUUCUGAGAAAUAUAAGGUUCUAUGACAAAAAUGAAGAGGAGAGAGUUUGUGAGGUUGAAGGGUUGGGGCUAUCGAAGAAGACACGUAGACAUGAAUCUGAGAUAUAUGUUGUGACUGCUGCACUCGGUCUCUUGACAAAUUUUGAAGAUAUUUACAAACUAUGGCUUUUUCUUUCUAGGUUCCUAGAUGCAGACUUUGUAGAAAAAGAGAAAUGGAGAUACAUAGCUCUAAAUCAAAAGACUGUUGAAGUAUGAAUUUCUUGUUUUCUAUAGUUUCAUUUCCUUAUUUCUCAAUAAAUGUAUCUCUACAGAAUUUUUGGAAUCCUAUAAAUUACGCG